AUGGAGAAAUACUUGAUUACGCCGGAAUCGCCACCGCCAAAAUCUUCAACUUCGGUCAGGCGACCAUGGAAGCGAUCUUUAAUCGAAUUGAAUGGAAGAUUGGAUGCAUAUUACCGACACCAACUCUAUACUCUGGUUGCUCACUCCUACUCGGAGAUUGGGAAGUUUUCACAUCUUUAUCAUGUAAACGAGGAGCCAUGUCAAACCCAUGUAAACAUGAUCCUAUCUCGUUUUGAGCAAGCAAGACCUGACGGGCCUGUCAAGCGAGGUGUUGCGGGGCUUGAUUUUGAUAACCAGGGAAUAUACUUAGCGUCUGUCACAAGAUCAGGAUGCUUUACGGUGCAUGACUUUGAAACUCUAUACUGCCAGAGUAAGGUUGGCCAAGGUUCUGUGGAAGAUGAAAGUAAGCAUGUUAUGCAUUUGUCUUUCCCUAUGAAUAGGGAAUUCGAUGUCGCUAGAUGGAAUCCUACAAACCAGAAUGAGGUAGCUUGCACAUCGAUGAAACGUGAUAAAAUCUUUAUCUUCGAUAUCAGUUACAUGUCUUCCAAACCAACUGAGGAAUUGCAAACUAGACAGAAGCUCUCGGUACUUGGCCGCAAAAUUUCUAGUGGUUUAUCUGAUAUUGCCAUUACUAGUGAUGGAGAUUCAAGAAUAUUUUCUCCAGAUACACGUGGUAUCGUUCAUGUGUGGGAUAGAAGAGCAGGUGUGUCUCCAUGCAUUGAACUUUCGACAAACAGAUAUGAUUCAAUAAAGAGUAUUCAGAUAUAUGUGGAUAAUCAGACUAUUUUUGGAGCUGGUAAAGAAGGAAUCAUUCAUAUCUGGGACCUUCGUGGAGGAAGAAACUCUACCGCUUUUCAGAGUCGCAAAGAUAUGAGCCACUUGCCUUUAGCAUCUCUACAUCUUGCACCAAUGCUGCAGAAGAUUGCAUCUCUUAAGGCACAAUCAGAAAUCGUCCCCAAGGAAAUCCAUUCCAUUAAUGUAAACCCAUCUUCUCCACAUCAACUGGCAUUUCACCUUGACGAUGGUUGGUCCGGUGUUCUGGACAUUUAUAAAUCUGAAGUUACUCAUGUACAUUGCCCUCCUCCAGCUUGGUUGGAUGGUUCCAACAAUUCAGCUGAUUUGUUCUUGCGGAAACCAUCAUGGCUACCAACAUUAUCCAUUUAUGUGGUUGGGUCCAUGAGCGAGAAAGGGAUUCAUGUUCUUGAUUUCCAUCCAAGCUCCAGGUCUCCUUGUCACGUUGACUACGAUGAGGAUUCACAGAAAAAGGAGAAAAGAGAGAAGCGUAAUCACAGUAACAAGUUUGUUUCUUUAUCUGAGCGUGUCACGGGUUGUGCUGCACAUCCUCUCAACAGCAUGAUCGUAGCUGGAACUCAGAAAUCGUCGUUGUUGUUGAUCGCGCAGAGACAUUGCUCAUCUACAUCAGAAACUGUAGAAGGUGAACUGUAG